AUGGCUUCGUUUCCCGAGGCGGACUUCCAGCUAUGCCCGCUGUGCAAGGAGAUGUGCGGCUCGCCGGCUCCCAUCUCCUCCAACUCCUCCACCUCCUCCUCCUCCUCGCAGACCUCCAACUCCUCCUCGGCGGGCGGCUCGUCCUGCGCCCCGUCCCGCCGCCUGCACGUCCUGCCCUGCCUGCACGCCUUCUGCCGCCAGUGCCUGGAGGCGCAGCGCCAGCACCCGGCCGCGGGGGACGCGCUCAAGCUGCGCUGCCCCAUCUGCGACCAGAAGGUGGUGAUCUCGGAGCCCUCGGGCAUGGACGCGCUGCCCUCCUCCAACUUCCUCCUCAGCAACCUGCUGGACGUGGUGGUGGUGGCGGCCGCCGCCGCCGAGGAGCAGAAGAACAACGGCCGGGGAGGGGGAGGCGGCGGCAGCAGCAGCAGCAACAACCGGCACCACCACCCCCGCCAGCAGCAGCAGCAGCAGCACCGCUCGGCCGGCAGCGGCUCGUCCCCCGCCGCCGCCUCUGCGAUCGCCCCGUCCCCGUCCUCCUCCGGCGGGGGCGGCUCGGCCUCACUGCUGCUCCGGCGGCCGCACAGCCGGCAGGGCGAGCCCCGCUGCAGCUCCUGCGACGAGGGCAACGCGGCCAGCUCGCGCUGCCUGGACUGCCAGGAGCACCUGUGCGACAACUGCGUGCGGGCGCACCAGCGCGUCCGCCUCACCAAGGACCAUUUCAUCGAGCGCUUCGGCGGGGCGCCCGGCUCCGCCGCCGCUGCCGCUCCCGGGCCGGCUGCCCAGCUCGCCCUCGGCCAGCCCUACCCCGCCGCGCCCUACAGCAUCCUCGCCUCCGUCUUCCCGGACCGGGCCAGCUACUGCCAGCACCACGACGACGAGGUGCUGCAUUUCUACUGUGACACUUGUUCUGUCCCUAUCUGCCGGGAAUGCACCAUGGGACGACAUGUGGGUCAUAGCUUUAUCUACCUCCAAGAUGCCCUCCAGGAUUCCAGAACCCUCACCAUUCAACUGCUAGCAGAUGCUCAGCAAGGACGCCAGGCUAUUCAGCUGAGUAUUGAACAGGCCCAAGCUGUGGCAGAGCAGGUUGAGAUGAAAGCAAAGGUGGUGCAGUCUGAAGUCAAAGCUAUGACAUCUCGACAUAAGAAGGCCCUGGAAGAACGGGAGUGUGAGCUGCUGUGGAAGGUGGAAAAGAUUCGUCAAGUCAAAGCCAAGUCCCUUUACCUGCAAGUUGAAAAGUUGCGUCAGAAUCUAAAUAAACUGGACAACACUAUUAGUGCAGUUCAGCAGGUCCUAGAGGAGGGUCGUAGCAUGGAUAUUCUCCUGGCUCGGGAUCGCAUGCUGGCUCAAGUGCAGGAACUGAAGAAUGUGAGAGGCCUUCUACAGCCGCAGGAGGAUGACAGAGUCAUGUUCACUCCUCCUGACCAGGCUCUGUAUAUGGCCAUUAAAUCAAUGGGGUUUGUCAGCAGUGGGGCCUUUGCUCCUCUGACCAAAGCCACUGGGGAAGGUCUCAAACGUGCACUACAGGGCAAAGCGGCCUCCUUCACAGUGAUAGGCUAUGACCAUGAUGGUGAACCACGCCUUUCAGGGGGCGAUAUGAUCUCUGCAGUGGUGAUGGGCCCUGAUGGAAACCUAUUUGGUGCAGAUGUCAAUGAUCAGCAGAAUGGAACAUACCUGGUCAGUUACAGACCACAGCUGGAGGGAGAGCAUCUAGUCUCUGUCAUGAUGUGCAACCAGCACAUAGAGAACAGCCCGUUCAAGGUCAUGGUAAAAUCUGGGCGCAGUUACAUUGGCAUUGGACUACCAGGGCUUUCAUUUGGCAGCGAGGGAGACAACGAUGGCAAGCUCUGUCGCCCCUGGGGAGUUUGCGUAGACAAGGAAGGGUACAUCAUGGUUGCUGAUCGCAGUAAUAACCGCAUUCAGGUGUUUAAGCCCUGUGGCACCUUUCACCACAAAUUUGGCACCUUGGGUUCCAGACCUGGUCAGUUCGAUCGCCCUGCUGGUGUUGCCUGUGAUAUCUCGCGUAGGAUUGUCGUGGCUGACAAGGAUAAUCAUCGCAUCCAGAUCUUUACAUUUGAUGGGCAGUUCAUUCUGAAAUUCGGGGAAAAGGGAACCAAGAAUGGGCAAUUCAAUUACCCAUGGGAUGUGGCAGUCAACGCCGAGGGCAAAAUCCUGGUCUCUGACACGAGAAACCAUCGGAUUCAACUGUUUGGACCUGAUGGUGUGUUUCUGAAUAAAUAUGGCUUCGAAGGGGCACUCUGGAAGCACUUUGAUUCUCCAAGGGGUGUGACUUUCAAUCAUGAAGGCCAUCUGGUAGUGACAGAUUUCAACAACCAUCGCCUCCUGGUCAUCCAUCCAGAUUGCCAGUCAGCACGCUUCCUUGGGUCAGAAGGCACCAGCAAUGGCCAGUUCCUGCGCCCACAAGGCGUGGCUGUGGAUCAAGAAGGGCGCAUCAUUGUGGCCGAUUCUAGGAACCACCGAGUGCAGAUAUUUGAGUCAAAUGGUAGUUUUUUAUGCAAAUUUGGCACUCAGGGAAGUGGCUUUGGUCAGAUGGACCGACCUUCAGGUAUAGCUGUCACCCCUGAUGGCAUGAUUGUUGUGGUUGACUUCGGAAACAAUCGAAUUCUCGUCUUCUAAUCUGUGUUAUCUGAAUUAGGAAGAAACUGUCUCAGGGAAAUUCUUUUUAAGAGAACGAAAAAAUACAACGUUAAUUCAAACCUACCUCAUCUUUAAUUUUUUACAGAUGAAUGUACUUAUCUUUUCUGCAGGGAGUGAUCCUGUAAAGUUAUAAAUUCUAUCUACCUCAUUAUCUUUGUGUUCUCCCUCUCUCUCCUCCUCUUCUCCCCCACCCUGCCCCCCAGCAGUAAGUUUUACCUCUUCCCCACAUGGGGCAUCAUGCACAAACAUGUGUUGCUGUGCACAUUAGGUGGUUGCGUGAUGAAUUCUGUAGACGAAGCC